GUCAACGUGUUCGAAUUCGAGUGGUCGCCAGUAAAAUGGAUUCUUUAGGCUGUUACUCUAAUAGAAAUUCACAUCAACUAAGGAAAAACAAUUAAAAUUAUUAACAGAAAUUAUUAUAUUAAGUGUGAAAUUUAUCAAGUGAAAUAAAUAUUUAAAUAAAUCGGAGGUUAUAGGUUCCUUACUAAUCGUUAUAGAAUUAUCUGAAGUACUUCGUAUGUGUGUAAGAUGAGUUGCGGUAGUGCUAGCAGUAUUAAGGCUAUUAUACCUGAAGCUGAUACCAGCGAUAAAGCCUCAACAUUUGGCAAAGUACUGCAAUAUUUGUCAAUUAUAUUGGUUGUCCUUACAGCCCCUUUCAGUUUGUUUGUGUGUUUCAAGGUUGUGCAGGAAUAUGAACGUGCAGUUAUAUUCCGUUUAGGUCGUUUAUUACAAGGUGGCGCCAAAGGUCCUGGAAUUUUCUUUAUUUUACCCUGCAUUGAUGCCUAUGCCAGAGUAGAUUUACGUACACGUACCUACGAUGUGCCGCCCCAAGAGGUUUUAACCAAGGACAGUGUAACGGUUUCUGUCGAUGCCGUUGUCUAUUAUCGUGUAUCGAAUGCCACCGUUUCAGUGGCCAACGUUGAAAAUGCUCAUCAUUCGACGAGACUAUUGGCACAGACCACUCUACGCAAUACAAUGGGCACACGUCAUUUGCAUGAAAUUUUAAGUGAACGUAUGACAAUAUCGGGAACUAUGCAGGUACAAUUGGAUGAAGCCACCGAUGCUUGGGGUAUUAAAGUCGAACGUGUUGAAAUUAAAGAUGUACGCCUACCCGUACAACUGCAAAGAGCCAUGGCCGCUGAAGCAGAGGCAGCACGAGAGGCUCGUGCUAAAGUCAUUGCAGCUGAGGGUGAACAAAAAGCAUCACGUGCUUUACGCGAGGCAUCUGAGGUAAUUGGAGAUUCACCGGCUGCUCUACAAUUACGUUAUCUACAGACUCUCAAUACAAUUUCGGCUGAAAAGAAUUCAACUAUUGUAUUCCCACUACCCAUUGAUUUAUUAACAUAUUUCAUGCGCGGCAAGGAGGCAAUGGAUCCGGCUUCAAAAAAGAAUUUUGAAAAUAUUAUGUAAUGGCAAAAAUGGAGAAUUUAUGAAGCAGUAAACAGUGAACAUACAUAUCUACAUACAUAUUUUGUGUAGUAUUUUCUAUUAAGCAAUACUAUAUGGUUUUGUAAUUAUUAUGUUUAAUUUAAUAUUUGUACACUUUAAGUAAAACUUUGGUAAACUGGGUUA